UUAGAGAUAACUGAAAGGGCCCCCUGAUCAGGUCCUAGACAAGGAAGCGUGGACCCCGAGAAGUAAGAUGGGGACCUGGUUACUUCCUCUCUUUGCACCACCCCAGACCGUGGGCCUAACCAGAAACCCCGGCCCUAUGGCUGGUGCGGCGGGUGUGGUCGGGCGGCGGGAUACCCGGUACGAGGAGUCCCGUUCCCAUCCCACCCCAGGGCCCCGGGCUCUCGCUGUGGCCAGUCAGCUUCUUGGGUGUCUGCACGCUGGCCCCAGGGAUGCUGGUUUUUUUUGCGUCAGACUUUUCAGACAGCUGCACGAGAAAACCCGCCACACCUCGCCGCGGCCCACCAACCGCGCCUACCCUCCGGACUCAGCCACCCAUCUCUGCAGGGGUGCCUUGUUCCAGAAAGUAAACCCACCCUGGAAGGAUGCGUAAUUGCCACUCUUGAGAUGCGGCUGCAGGCCAGGGUGACUCUGAGCAACAGCAAAGCAUGCAUGUCCCGGGAUGGCGACUUUGUGGGGAGGUCCCACGAGUGACUCGUCUGUCCUAAUUGAUAGUUGGGUGGGGGCCGUUCUUUCUGGGUUCACUCCAGCCCCUUCCCGCAAAAAUGAAGGAAACUUCUCAGCUGGAACAGUACAGGUUUCCCAAGGCUACAAGGAGCAGGGCAUCCCACAGCAGCUGUGAGCCCGAAGGAGCCGCUGAGAAUUCCAGGGCGGUCCCAUGGGGGCCGUACCAGGCCGCAGGCGGCACCGGGACCUUUACGCACGCUUUUCUGCCAUCUCCUGGGGUCGGAGUGGAAGAGGGGUAUUUAAAAAACAGUAUUUAUGUUGAAAACGCAUAUGCUUUUCUUGGCAGGCUGCCAGGCUGCCAGCCCCCCACCCCCACCCCCACGCUCCAGAAAGACACAGGCCCCCAGAGCAUCUGGGGGGGCGUGGGGGCAGGGUUGCGGACAGCGAGACUGGGAUGCUCGGCUCUCCCCUGCCCUGCACGUCUCCCUGCCCACUGUGAGGGCACCCUGGAGCUGCCGGGUCAGGCAGCAGGGGCUCACCGAGGGGCAGGGUGCGGUGGACCCUUCCUCUGGGUCCCCAGACCCUGUCUGUUUGCGCUGCUGUCUCCUGGGGGCCGCGCCAGGACAGGAAUGAGGAUGCACAUGUCCCCAGCCCGGUGUGGAAAGGCCUGCCGUGCCUUCCUGGGGAUGGACCCCUGAAAGUCUCUCCUGGCCCCGCGCUCCCUUACUGUAGCCUACCCUUCACCCACCCCCCUCCUCGCCGCUGAAAUCUCUGGGCCUGGGUGUGUUUUGACCUUUGUUUCCCUAGAAGGCGGCCAGCAACUCCAUCCCUGGGCGAAACGGCUAGAAUUACCAGGUGUUCAUACACAGAAUCCCCAGUGCAGGUGUGAGCGAGCACAGGCCAGCAGCCUUUCACAUUAUACUGAACGCCACUCCUGGUCAAUAGUCCUCCUAAAAUCCUUGGGGCCAGACGGGUCUCCAAAUUCGGAAAACGUGGAUUUGAGACAGAAUAAGACCCACGUACCGUGCAUUUCCUAACACGCCCGCAAUCUGGAGCACCUCCCAACCAUCGAGUGCAUGACUGUUUUUGCAGAGAAUCCUGUGAAAAGUCAGACUAAUUGGGAUCAAUAAAAACCAUAAAUAGCC